GCUUGUAGUUCUUUUUACAUAAACGACAGACAGGCUAUUAUCAGAAACUGCCUGGAGGGUCAUAGGCCAGGGGGCCAAGAGACUGGUUGCAUUUACUACGAGCACUACGGUCAUCACCUGUUUGACGUAAUUGAUCCAGCAGCAUCGCGACUGAGCCGGAGUACAUGGAAACUACGAGGACUUAAAGGAAACCCCUACACCAAAGGACUUACCCGUUCACUAACUUGUUGUGGAAUUAAUCGAGGGAUUAUUGUGAAAAGAAGAACUCCUGGGGAUGGUGUUUAUAGACGCUACGUGAUUUUUGAAGCAAUUCUUUUGAGAGAAUCUUAGAAUGUUGUGGAGCUAGCGCGCUAGCCCUGAUGUCGUCUGCUAAACAUGGUGGCCAAACAGUGGACGAAAAUCUAGAGAGGGUUUUUAAAUAUUCAAGAAACGUUGUUGUCACUGGUGGAAUUGUUGAUAUGGGUUGCGUUGAUUCUUCUCAUUGCGAUAUAUUUAUGGGUUCUUGCUACGCUAAAAUUAAGUUAAUUCAUGUUAUAAAGCAUUAGCUAACGAGUGCAAGCUCGUGCAAACGCCGCUUUAAAAGUUACUGCUAAGUUUGCCCAUCGUUGAUGACUGAACUAACAGUAGCCCACGUUUGCUUUUGGAUACGUUCAGUAUCCGUCAAAUCGAACUGUAGUGUUUUCACAUCCUCUCGCAACAGUGUUUCAUAUGUCAUCGUUUGCAACAUUGUACAAUUCGACUAGUGGUGAUGCGUCGAUGUGUCUGAGGUAGCCUAGCCUGAUACUGGAGCAAAGCGCAGGUGCACAGGAAAAGUUACAAUGGAAACUGUUCCGUUAUUAAUGGUGUCUUCAGAUGGGAAAUCACUUGAUACAUUUGAUCAAAUCAUAUCACAGAGAACAUGCAACGUGUAGUAUCUUUAAGAAAGGAAAAGGGGCUAACUGUAAGCCUGCAUGGACUGCUAUGAAUGAAUGCGUUGUAAAUCAAACCCCUCAUCUGCUCAUAAACUAAUUCAUGGCACUGACGACUUCAACGCUGUUUUUCGACAUCUGCAUCAGAUUCAUCACAAAACAAGAGAUCGUUGGACUUCCACUUACUCUAAAAAAGGUCCAGAGGAAAUUACAUGGAGACUAGUUUGACAUGCCAAGGAAGGAGUUACCGUUGCCGGAGGGUUGGGAAGAGGCCCGAGACUUCGACGGGAAGGUCUACUACAUUGAUCACAUCAAUCAAGCGACAAGCUGGAUCGACCCAAGAGACAGGCAAACCAAGCCUCUGACGUUCGCCGACUGCAUUGGUGAUGAGCUGCCGGUGGGAUGGGAGGAGGUGUACGACCCUCACGUGGGGGCCUACUACGUGGACCACAACACCAAGAGCACCCAGCUGGAGGACCCGCGGGUGCAGUGGCAGCUGGAGCAGCAGCGCAUGCUGGAGGACUACCUGCAGGUGGCGCAAGAGGCCCUGAGUGCCCAGAGAGAGAUCUACCAGGUGAAGGAGCAGCGCCUGGAGCUAGCCCAGCAGGACUACCAGCAGCUCCACCAGUCCUGGAGAGACAAGUCCACCUCUCAGACCAGCCUAAAUUCCAGAUCUUCCUCCAGCAGCAAGUAUGACCCAGAAAUCCUCAAAGCGGAGAUAGUGACGGCGAAGAGUAGGGUGAAUAAGUUGAAGAGGGACCUGGCGUUCAUGAGGCAGGAGCUCCAGUAUAAGGAGCAGGGCUAUGAGACGCUUAAGGAAAUCAACAGCAAGGUGUCCAGCACCUCUUAUGACUUCAAGCCGCAGGAGGCGCAGGCCAUCCUCAAGGAGGUGAAGAGCAUCAGGGAGGCCAUCAGUUCCGGGGAGAAGGAGAAGCAGGAGCUCAUGCAGAAACUAGCUGCAUUAAAAGAUGGCUUCCAGCUGGAGUCGGGCUCCCAGUCUGACCUGUGGGCCAGCUGCACGUCACUGGCCAACUCCAACCUGUCAAUCCCACCCAUCUACUCUGACGCCCAAUCCCAGACAGACAUCCCUGCUGAGUUUGUAUCAAACACUAAUAAGCUGGCUGAGAAGGUGCGACUGAGCCUGAAAUAUGAGGAAGCCAAGAGGAGGAUGGCGACCAUCGAGGUCCAGAUAGCGAAGCUGGACAGCGAGGCGUGGCCGGGCCUGUUGGACCCGGAGCGGGACCGCCUGAUUCUGAUCAGCGAGAAGGAGGAGCUGCUGAAGGAGCUGCAGUACGUGCGGCGCGCUCCGCACGCGCCCAGCGACGCCCAGAGGCUGGAGACGGAGAGGAAGCGCCUGGAGAGAGACCUGCAGGCCGCACGCAGCAACCAGAGCAAGGCCCUGACGGAGAGGUUAAAACUACACUGCAAGAGGAACAAGCUGGUGAAGGAGCUGGAGGAGACGGUGCGCUUGGCCUCCUCACUACACACUCAGCUGAAGAGUCUCUCAGAGAGUACUCUGUCGUGUUCGUCGGGCAGCAGCCGUGGUUCCCUGGCGUCCAGUCGUGGUUCCUUGGCAACCACCUCCAGCCUCGGCUCCGCCUCCUCACUCAGCUACACGGACAUCUACCUGGAACAGCCGGAACUUUCCGACCCGGACUUCCAGAGCAAACUGGAGCAGCUGCUGGCCGAGGUCACCGCCGGUACCUCCUCCACUCCCGGGUCCAGCUUCCGGCCGUCCGGCUCCAUCACCACCAUCCACGAGAAUGAGGUGUCGGAGGCGGGCCCUGGGGUGAUUGGCGGGCCGGUGGUGGGGCCGGGGUCAUCAGGGGCGGGGCUGGCGUGGCGAGCACAGGGGCUGCGCGUGUCGGAGACGCCGCGCUCCAUGACCUCGCUCUCGCCGCGCUCCUCGCUGUCGUCUCUCUCGCCGCCCUGCUCGCCGCUGGUCACCGACGCCUCCUUCCUGUCCGGCGAGGUGUUCGGCUCCUCCGUCUCUGGCCCGGCCCACACGCCCCUGGGUCUGGACGCCGAGCUGCAGAGCCGUCUGUCUGAGCUGAGGCUGCUGGACAAGACAGAGGAGACGGAAGACGCCGCGGACACGGAGACGCAGGAGGAGCCCAGGGUGGACGCCACAGCCAUCAGUGCAGACACGGCCAAAGAGGAUAUAGCUCAGUCCAAGGGGACGGGUCUGGGGACCAAGAAGGCGGGUGUGACCUCAGCGGUGUCUGACGAAUCAGUGGCAGGAGACAGCGGUGUCUACGAGCCCUCUGACAAGAGGCCGGGUCUUCCUGCAGAUCUGCUGAGCUACGAGGAGAGCGUGUCCACCGGCUGCUCCCAGAUCAGUUUGGGGCUGAAGUACGAGGCCAAGGAGCAGCGCUUCACCGUCUUCCUCCUGCAGCUGGCCAACUGCACCACCCUCCCUCUGUCUGCUGACCAGAACCUGUACAUACGUGUGGCUGUACUUCCUUGCUCUGAAGCCACUCGCUGUCUUUUCCGCACCUCUGGAGUCGUCCCUCAGGACACCGUCCAGCUCAACGAGGUCUUCGGCAUGCACAUGGCCCACAGUGCAUUGCGGCAGAAGACGCUCCGUGUGGAUGUCUGUGUCACCAGUAGCUCUGGCAGGGAACAGUGUCUGGCUGGGGCCCAGAUCAGUCUGGCGGACGUGAGCUCCUGCGGGGAGAAACAGGUGAAGUGGUACAACCUGCUAAGCCACGCCCACAUGCCCAGCGUGGACCGGAAACACACCCACCCACCUGAGGAGCACACAGCGUCAGACACACAGCAGACAGCACUGCCUAAUACUCCACAGAGACCAGCUACUGCCCAGCAAGGCUGGCCUGUGACGGAUGGCUUUGAGGAUGAGGAAAACAGUGACGCAGAGGGGGAGAGCUUCUAUCCUGACAGCGGCCAAUGGGAGGUUGAGGAGGAGGAAGAGGCGGCAACAGCUCCCACACCCACACCUGCACGGCCGCCCCCCACCAUAGCAGAGAAGGUGAAUAAGGAGACCAGUAUGGAUGGUAUGCGCCACUCGUCCUCCUCGGUGGUUCGGCCCAAAGAGAGGCGACAGGAGCUGCAGCAGCAGAACCCCUUCGUCCGGGGAAACACCAUCAUCCGAUCCAAAACCUUCUCACCCGGACCACAGAGCCAGUACAUCUGCCGGAUUAACCGCAGUGACAGUGACAGCUCCACACUGUCUAAGAAAUCUCCCUUUGUGAGGAACGCUUCAGAGAGGCGCAGUGUCCGCAUGAAGAAGCCCCCCCUGGUGGCACGGGGUCUGGAGAACACGCCUCUGGACCUGGAGAUGGACCUGCAGGUGGUGCGCACGCGUCACAGCCGCCUGGACGAGGAGCUGCGUGUGCUGCGGGAGCUCAAGGAGCAGCUGGAGGCGGCCAGGCAGCAGGGCCAGCACCAACUACCCGACUGGGUCCAGCAGGACGAGAGGUUCCAGAUACUGCUCAAAACGGCAGAGAGACAGACUAAGGAGGAGGUGCAGCAAGAGCAGCGUGUUGAGAGGAUGAUGCGCGUGGCUGCCAAGGACGUGCACAAGCUCCGUGGCCAGAGCAGGAAAGAAACGCCCGAGGUGCAGACCUUCAGAGAGAAGAUGGCGUUUUUCACGCGGGCGAAGAUAAACGUCCCCGACCUGCCAGCCGACGAUGUGUAGACGGAGCGCCCAAAUAUUCCCCGAGUCCUCCCUGCUGUUUCCAUGGAAACGCUAGCCGACCUCUGGUGGUGUUAUGAAGAACUGGAGAGAUGACGUACGUGAAGCUGGAAACAAAUCAUCUCUCUCCUGUAGCUCGCAGACUUGCAAAUCCAAAUAGGUUCUUUUUUUUUUUUAAGUCAGUAACAAGAUUUUUUUUUACAGUGUGUAGAAUUGUUCUCUGUUACUAAUGCGUGUAUAUUUUGGUAUCUGUCAUAGGGUUAUGUUGUAUUAGGACACACACACACACACACCAGUAAUACGAUAUGUGAUAUGUAGGAACAAGUACUGCUCAGAGCCACUGGGCAGGACCACUUACACACACACACACACACACACACACACACACGAUGUGAAGCACAGACACACAAGGUACUUGGACACUGCUCACCGUUCAGUUAGCACAAGAGUGGCUUUCUUUAUUUCUCUCUCCUCUCUCUCAGCUAGCCUGAGCACACUCACCGUGUUCAACCGGAGCCGUCGCUAGCGGUAACCGCGUCCGUAUCAGAGCCGGCCCCAGGCUGGCCCACAGGCAACAGCUCCGCCGGGUGUUCCCUGAGACCCCUCUGAUACUGUAUCUGACAAUGACAUUCACGUGUAUAGUCAUGGGGUUUUUGGGGUGACCUUUGACACUUGACCUCUUGACCCCUGCACUCUCUCGCCCUGGGUAUCCAUUAGUAGCAUCCACUAGACUGCACUUGCUCUCACUCAUUCUCAGGUAGAAUAUGGGAUAGUUCAUGCACUUUAAAAUAGGAUUCCACAGAGAGAGAGAGAGAGAGAGAGAAAGAGGGAGGGAGAGAGAGAAAAGAAAGAGAGAGAGAAAGAAGGGGGGCAGGUUGAGAGUGUGGACAUCAUUAUUAUUGAACUCUAUGAGAAAUAGGACCCUGGUAAGCCAACUUCUGUGAACUUUGAUAUAUCUUUCAGCUGGUUAAUUAGAUCCUUCGUUUCUCCCCCUCCUAAUGAGGAGGUGCUUCACAUACUCCAGAAUGAAAUCUUUGAGAAGAUCCAGCAAGAGUGCGUGUGUGUGUGUGUGUCCAGCAAUAAUUCCAAGCACCUGCAGCUCAGUUUUUUUCUUUUUUCCUUGUUGGUGGUGUUUCUUGAAAUCCUGCUUCUGUAUGGAACACAGCACACACCCCCCCCCCCCCCCUCCCCACACACACACACACACACACACACACACACACACACACACACACUACAGUGCUGAGUGAAGUCCCGCUGUAUCUUGGUGGGUGUGUAAAGUGGUCACUGCAUUGUGAUGUGUGAUGUUUCUCAGCACAAGGCCACAGCUGUGGAACAGCUAACAUUAUGGUUAUAGUAUAUAGAAGACUAUAGAAGACUAAUGCAGCACUUGCCACAAGCUGAUUCUGAAACACUUCAGGUGUGUGUGUGUUGUGUCUGACUGUCUAUGUAUCUUUAAGAAAUAGCAUAGUUUUCCUGUGUGUGUGUGUGAGUGUGAGUGUGAGUGUGUG